AUGACAACACCACAACCCCCGACCAGGGACCAACCCCCCGCAGACCCCAACCGUUACUGGGUCCAACAAUCAGAAGCCGCUCCCCCAACAACACCCUCCCUCCCCGGCCACCAACAACCACCACAACCACCACGACCCGGCGACGGCCGGCCCCGCCGCCCCACUAUAACCGAAGCUGCGCAGAGCAUCAAGCCGGGCGACUUCCUGACCUUCCACCAGGCGCCGUGCGCGCGUACGGGCUUGCUGACGGGGAUUGGGGCGGGGGCGGCGGUGGGGGGGAUCCGAUGGAUCAUGGGGCUGCCGAUCCCGCGGGCGGCGAACUGGGCGGUCGGGGCGGGGGCGCUCGGGGCGAUCGCGCAGUACGAGUACUGCCAGCUGAAGCGGAUGCAGGAGCGGGAGAAGGUCAAGCGCGUGGUGGAGGUGUACGCGGCGAAGCAGGCGCGCGAGAAGAGGGAGAAGUAUGAGGAGGAGAAGAGGGAGAGGGAGAGGCUGGAAAGGGAGGAGGAGGAGAGGAAUAAGAAGAGGUGGUUCUGGUAG